AGAAUUCUUCCUCGCUCCUGCCAUUCCAGUCACGUGACAGCAAACCAUGGCUUCCUUCUCGUAGGAAUACAGACUUACUGUUGACAACAAGACAAUAUUGAAGAUUUUCACACUUACUUGCUCUCUUUUUUUGGAUUCAAGAUGCAGAAGAUAAAGUCUCUCAUGGCCAGACAGGGCCUCAAAAGCCCCCAGGAGAGCAUGGCUGAUCUGAGUCCUGUGGAGAACCUGAGGAUCCCCAGUUCGGAGGAGAUGCGGGAGCUGAGGCAGCAGCCCAUCGACCCCCAGGCCGAGCAGGAAAUCAUCGACAGCAUCGAGGAGGUCUACUUCUCCAACGACUCCUUCGACAUGGUGCGGCACGAACUGGAGAAGCUCCCACCUGAGCUGAACCUGCAGGAGCUGGAAGAUUACAGAGACAAACUGAAGAAACAGCAGGCAGCAGUUUCCAAAAGGGUCGCCGAUCUCAUUUUGGAGAAGCAGCCUUCUUAUGUCAAGGAACUGGAGCGAGUGACAGCAUUGCAGGCCAAUCUGCAGCUGGCAGCAGUCAUUUGCACUAAUGCAAGAAGACAACUCAGAGUCUCCAAGGAGGAGUUCACAGAGGCCAGCCUGGGUCUGCUAGCCAAUCAGAGGAGGCGACAGCUGCUGACAGGCCUGCUCAAGUCUCUCAGGACCAUCAAGACUCUGCAAAGAACAGAUGUUCGACUCAGCGAGAUGCUUGAGGAGGAAGACUAUCCAGGCGCGAUCCAGCUCUGUCUAGAAUGUCAAAAGGCUGCCAGCACCUUCAAACACUACAGCUGCAUCAGUGAGCUGAACUCUAAACUACAAGACACUCUGGAGCAAAUAGAGGAGCAGCUUGAUGUCGCCCUGUCAAAGACUUGUAAGCACUUUGAUGUGUUGCACUACACCAAGGUCCAGAAGGCCUACACGCUCCUUGGGAAAACCCAGACUGCGAUGGAUCAGCUGCACAUGCAUUUCACCCAGGCCAUCCACAACACAGUGUUCCAGGUCGUACUGGGAUACGUCGAGCUGUGUGCCGGCAACGCCGACACCAAGUUCCAAAAGAUGCAGUAUAAGGACCUCUGCACGCACAUCACCCUCGACAGCUACAUUCCCUGCCUGACGGAUCUCUGCAAGGCUCUGUGGGAGGUGAUGCUGAGCUACCACCGCACAAUGCAGUGGCAUGAAGAGCAUGACAAACAGAAGGCCGCACCCUCACAAGACGAUGCAGCAGCAGAGGCUGAUGAGUUAACUGUGGACCGCAGCUACGUGAAGAAGAAGCUGGAGCACGGACUAACGCGGAUCUGGCAGGACGUCCAGUUAAAGGUGAAGGUGUACAUUCUGGGAACGGACAUGUCUAACUUCAAAUACGAUGAUUUCAUAGUGGUGCUGGAUGUCAUCAGCAGGACAGAGACUGCGAUGGAUCAGCUGCACAUGCAUUUCACCCAGGCCAUCCACAACACAGUGUUCCAGGUCGUACUGGGAUACGUCGAGCUGUGUGCCGGCAACCGCCGGACACAAGUUCCAAAAGAUGCAGUAUAA